CUUAGGCAUUUUGUACUGCACUGAGGUUUCUGAUGUUUUCUGAUGUUUCCAUGCAUUCUUGCCAGAUCUCGACAUGUUAACCUCUGAAAUUGCUUGCUGGCCAGCUUUUCAAGUUCACGCUCGCUUGGAGGUCGCAAUCUGUUUCUGUGUCUGCAGGUUAUUCUUACCUUUUGAGAUAUAUGUGUCCUUACGACCUAAAGAUGAUUAUGAGAUUUCAUUGUUCUGAGCAUCAAUGUAGGAAGGACUGGAAAGCGGUUUAAGGUUGCUUUGGUAAUCCUAGAUCCGUUGGGAUGUAGUGUGGGAUGCAAAUUGCACAGCAGUAGGAGGAAUGUCCCAGGGCGGUCUGUUGUUCCAGUGUCCUUGUGCAGCAGCCAUCAUGCUCUGCUGAUAACCAUGGUGGAAGAAAACGGGGUGGUAGUGUCUGUAGUGGAGGGACUCUCCAUGUGGCCAGCAGACACACCUGAGAGAAGCGAGGAGGUAGAGCUUUUAUCCCAGCAGGCAGAAGGAAUGCGCUGCUUGUUUUGGGCUCUGAAAGAGAUUAAAUUCACAGAGGAAGGCCCAGCUUGCAAAAGUCUACCUUAUUUUCAUUAUAUUGUAGAGAGCUCUGGGAGAUCUGGUAGCUACUAAAUCCCCCGUAGCAACACAGGGAUGUUGGAGUCAUGGCAGAGUAGGAGUGUGCUGUGACCAAUUAAGGGAUUGGAAACAUUAAUUGCUUUAAAUUGCCCAGCCUCAUGUCAUGGUAGCCAGAUAUAGAUGCAGUUCUCAAUCAGCGAGGAUGGACUUCACAUAAAUGGCAUGGCUGUGUUUUUUAAUGGCAACUGUAGUUUAUAGGGGCAAACAUAGAGACAAUGAGUCAGCGGGCAGUGAGGGAACUAAUGUAGGUAGACUGAAGGGCUUUUUCAACUGCUUCACGCUUAACUGUAUCAUCGAAAGAGAACAAUUAGGACAGCAGAACUUAACUUGUAGCUCUUUGCAGCUUUGGAGCAGUUCAGGAGAGUGCAUUGCAUAACUGUGUCAGGACAGAGCUGAUGUGCAUCCUCUGAGGUAAACCAAACCCCUGCCUUUGGGAGGAGGGAGUUGGCAGGGCACGAACCCCUGAGGCCUUGCUGCAGACCAGGCGUAGCUCUUCUGUGCAAGAGAGCUUUGAGAGAAACUCAAAUGGAAGAGAGAGGUUCACAGUAUGUGGAAAAAGGGACUGGCUACUUGGAAUGUGGGCCCACCGCUGAACAAGGAAGGGGCCCUGGUGACACAGGGUGCAGAGAAGGUGGAGUUACUGAAUGCCUUCUUUGCUUCUGUCAUUACUGCUAAGGCUGGCCCUCAGGCAUCCCAGCCCCCAGAGGAGAGAGAGAAAAUCUUGGGAAAGGAAGACUUACCAUCAGUUGAGAAGGAUUGGGUCAGAGAUCACCUAUGCAAACUGGAUCCUCACAAAUCUGUGGGCCUCAAUGGGAUGCACCCACGAGUGCUGAAGGAGCUGGUGGAUGUUCUUGCUGAGCCACUCUCCAUCAUCUUUGAAAGGUUGUGGAGGACAGGAGAGGUACAUGAGGACUGGAGGAAAGCAAAUGUCUCUCCAGUCUUCAAGAAGGGCAAGAAGGAAGACCUGGGAAGCUAUUGGCAACCCCAGUGUACCACAUUUCUUUGUCCAGCUUUUGGACUGGAGCAAGGGGAUAAGAAUCACCAGCAAAUUGAACAGCACAAAGCUGCAAGAUGUCGGGCCGAAGCGGGAAGAAGAAAAUGUCCAAACUCUCACGCUCUAGCAGAGCGGGUGUUAUUUUCCCUGUGGGGAGAAUGAUGCGCUACUUAAAGAAAGGAACAUACAAGUACCGGAUAGGUGUUGGAGCACCAGUUUACAUGGCAGCCGUCAUAGAGUACCUAGCAGCUGAAAUUCUGGAAUUAGCAGGAAAUGCAGCACGAGACAACAAGAAAGGAAGAAUUGCCCCCAGACACAUCCUCCUGGCAGUUGCAAAUGAUGAGGAACUGAAUCAGUUGCUAAAAGGUGUGACUAUUGCAAGUGGAGGUGUCCUGCCCAGAAUUCAGCCAGAGCUUCUAGCCAAGAAACGGGGUGCCAAAGGCAAAUCUGAGACCAUCCUUUCACCUACUCCUGAGAAGAAGGGAAGGAAAUCCAUGGUGAACAAAAAGAGUGGGAAGAAGGCAAAGUCUACCAAGGCCCGGACACCCAAAAAGAACAAACAAAAGGACAAUGAAAAAGAAGGAGCUUCCAAUUCAACAUCCGAAGAUGGACCUGGGGAUGGUUUCACUAUCUUGUCCUCCAAGAGCCUUGUGCCAGGACAAAAGCUUUCUCUGACACAGAGUGACAUCAGCCAUAUUGGCUCCAUGAAAGUAGAAGGCAUCGUUCACCCUACAACUGCUGAAAUAGACCUCAAGGAGGAAAUAGGCAAGGCAUUGGAAAAGGCUGGAGGGAAAGAGUUUUUAGAAACAGUGAAAGAGCUUCGCAAAUCUCAAGGACCUUUGGAAGUUGCUGAAGCUGCACUUACUCAGUCUAGCGGCCUAGCAGCAAAGUUUGUCAUCCACUGUCACAUCCCACAGUGGGGCUCAGACAAGUGUGAAGAGCAGCUUGAAGAGACUAUAAAGAACUGCUUAACAGCUGCAGAAGACAAGAAGCUGAAGUCCGUGGCUUUCCCCCCAUUUCCCAGUGGCAGAAACUGCUUCCCAAAACAGACGGCGGCCCAGGUGACUCUAAGAGCUAUUUCCACCCAUUUUGACGGCACCAGCUCUUCUUCCUUGAAGAACAUUUACUUUCUGCUCUUCGACAGUGAAAGUAUUGGCAUCUAUGUGCAAGAAAUGGCCAAGCUAGACACUAAGUAGCAACGGCAGCCAAAUGAAACUUUAUUUUUCAACAAACUUGAGUAGCAUUAAAAGCAUUAGAGGUGGGUUUUAUUUUUUCAAUGUGAUGAGGAGGGGGAGUGGUAGUAGUGUGAUGUGUUGUGACUUGAUGAAGAGCUGUGACUAGAGACGAGAGGGGUUUAGUCCGAUUUCUUCAUGCUGUCAGCAUCUUCUAGCUGUUUAUAUCACCUUAAGCAAUUGGGUUACCAUCUCUUUUCAUGAGUUCGUUUAGUGUCCCUUGUUACUUUAGUUUAGAAGUUUUUAAAGAGUAACCUCAUUUUAGAUUUGUAGUGAAUUUUACACACACACACACACACAUGCGCACACACACACACUUUAAAGAAAGCCCUUAAAAAUGUUCUGCUCCCUUUCCCCCUCCCUUGAGGGUAGAUGGUAAACUUCUGCUUCCAGCCCACAAAGAGGGGAAAAGGAUUUUAGAAGUAAUGCAUGAGGAGCUUCUGUUUUGCUUUUAACUCACAAUAAUCUCUGUAAUUACUGAGAAUAUUUCAUGGUGAUUUUGUUUGUUUUAUAAGAAAAAAAGAAAAAGA